UCUCUCUCUCUUUUUCUUCUGAUUAAAUCCGCUAAUUUUACGGCUGUUGUUGAUAAAAUCAGUUAAUUAAUGUAGCAUGUUUGUUCUAGUCUUCGUGGAUGGAGUUAAUUGGUACAUGCUGGGUGAGAGGUGGCAGGUAUUCCAUGGAAUUAGUAGAUGUGUGAAAGCUGAGCUGGACACCACGGUUGUAGAAAUAAAAUAAAAGUGAUACCAUGUUCACAUAGCCUCAUUGAGCUUGUAUGUUGUCCAAUUCAAUUAUCUCGAGUUCAUGUUAAGUGAAAUAUGUUGUUCCUUAAUUGGUUGAUUGUUUUGAGAUAAGUGUGAAUAAAGUGGAAUGGAACUCCAGGACUUAGGUCUGAUAUUACUUGACCUCUGUUGACCUGACUAACCUUAUUAAUAUUGUUUUGGAACUGUAAAUUUUGCUACAAUUGUAUGAAAUGGAGUGAGUAGUUGACAUCAUCUAAUUUAGGAUUGAAACGUAGUUGACAUAAUUAUUUCGAGUUUAUUGCUGGCUGAUUUAGAUUGACAUAUUUAUGUAUGCUUUACUUGUAUCUAGCUAAAACUGCUGGAGGUAUUUUCUGGGCUUCAGUUUGCGGCCUUUGUGGGCAUUGCAAGUGUAGCCGGUCCAAACAUUUCAUGGGAUUUUAUUUGGAUGAAGAGACUCUAAAACAUGUUGUGCAUAGGGUCCAAGGAGCCAAGAGUUUAACUAUUGAUUGCCUCCAAAUGAAGAAUGAUUCCUCCAUUAUCAAUAUUCUCAGCGAUCAUAUCGAAGAUUUGAGUUUGCUCAAAUGUUCCCAUUUGUCUUACGACAUUCUUCGUGCAAUUGGAGAAAGGUGCCCCAACUUAAGGUCCUUGCUUAUAGAAUUUGCUGGGUUAGGAGCACCAGAUCUUCUCAGAAUGAAACUUACAGGAAUGCUCCAAAAGGUGUCCUUGUUAGAGUCUCUGUCCAUAAAAAUCCGAGGGACCUUACGUGAUGUAUUUGAUGUACGACCCCUUGUAGCGUUUCUGCCCGAGGGUUUAAAAAAAUUGAAGUUGCAGCAAACGGGUGAAAUGUUCUUUGUCGUCUGGUUACAUACGGUCAGGGAUAUCCCUUGGUUCAAAUUGCAAAGCUUAUCUCUUGUCUUGGACGUUAUAUCAGAUGGUCUUAUCCGCACAGUUGUGGACUCUCUUCCUCUUUUGGUAGAGCUCGAUCUUGAAGACAUACCUUUUAUGGAGCCAUCAGUACGGGACUUGACCAACAUUGGACUACAGUCUCUGAAGUACUGCAGGCAUCUAAUUGCCCUCUCAAUUGUUAGAAGUAGAAAAAAUUUUCCCACUUCAUUUACGAGAGUGGACAAUAUAGGCAUGUUCCUUCUUUCUGAAGGUUGUAGAGGGUUGGAAUCAGUGAAACUUGGUGGGUUUGUGAAGGUUACUGAAGCUGGGUUUUCGUCAAUUCUGUAUUCAUGCCUGAAUCUGAAGAAAUUUGAAGUGUUGACUUCACCUCUAUUAUCAGACUUGGCGUUUGAUAAUAUGAUUGGAGUUGCAAGGUCCCUAAUUGAAUUAAGGUUGGUAUCGUGCAGGCUUCUAACUAGUGAAGCUUUUGAGGAUUUGUCCUUGUUUAGUAAGCUGGAGGUAAUUGACACAAGUGGUUGCAGAAGCAUUGGAGACCCCUGUCUCUUCUACAUAUCAAGUGUUACGACGGUCACCAAACUAAACUUAGCAGAAGCGGAUAUAACUGAUACGGGUCUUGCUAUUCUUGGCAAGGGAAACCUACCUAUUGCACAUUUGUGCAUCAGAGGCUGUAAGCGGGUAACUGACAAGGGCAUUCAGUUUUUGUUUCAUGAUGAGAGGAAAAUUUGUAAGACAUUAUCAGUGUUGGAUGUCGGUCGCAUCGCGGGAAUAACUGAUGCAGCUAUUUUUACCAUUGCAUCUACUGCGAAAGCAUUAACUGAUUUAUCUCUAAGAUUCUGUUUUCACGUCACUGAUGCUGCACUGAAGAUGCUGGUGAAUAGACCAAACAACAACAGUAGUCAACUGCAAAGACUUGAUCUUUGCAACUGUCGGGGACUGUCUGAUGAUCUCAUAAUGCUUUUUCAGCACAAGUCUGCUUUCCGUGGUCUGCGCUGGCUAGGUGUCGGACGUAAUCCCUUGGUCAACAAAAGAGAGGAUUUCUCCAAAAUCUGCAAAGCCCGACCUUGGUUUGUUGUAUGCUUUGAUGACUGCGAGUUUGGUUGCCAUGAUGGCUGGCAAUAUCACAAAUCUGAUGACUGAAGUCCUUUUUUUUUUUUUUUUCCUUUUUUUGACAAAGGCUGAUGACCGAAGCCUCGUUCAGCUGCAUUAUUGUGCUUUAUUUGCUCUCUAUUGUAACGAACCUUUUCAAUUACAAUGAAUAUCAAAUGCCUAAUUUUUGGACCUGCAA